AGGCAGUCUCUCCAGCACAGGAGAGUCAGAGCGGCGUCUUGGACACGGGGACCGAGCGGUUUCAUGAUAGCUAGUCUGUGCUCACUGAGCCUUUAUUCAUCUGCAUGAACGUCCGAAAUGUUGGGGUGCUAGUGGAAUCACGAAGUGGAUGAACCCCCCGUAAUCAGCCUGCGGAGCUGGAAAAGAGAUAGCUGCCUCAAGCCCUAGUCUCAGAAAUGACAUCUCCUCUGUACAGUGGUUCCAAUGUGAACUCAGGGCUACCACAUCGCCUGCAGGCUUCAGUCACUUGUGUGGACAAGAAGAUCUUACAGAAGAAAUGGUAAUUCUCCACUCGUUUCCUGAGGUGUCCGGUUGUGCCUGUGGAGAUCCAGCUCAGCUGUGACUCUCAAGAGCAUCACCCUUUGUGAGAUGGUGAGACCAAGAUCAAGAUCGGAGAGCCAGCUUCGGAGGAGGAAAAUGACAGGAAACACUGAAACGUUGACUGAAGAACCUGGCAGCCUCAAGGAGGAUGUUCUCCCGAAUUCCAGAGGCAAAGAAUUCCGUGAAUCGGGGGACAAAUUGAAUGAAAAGCCCCGCUUAAGAAGAAGACAGUAUACCUGUGAUGAAUGUGGCCAGCACUUUACUUGGAAAACGGGUCUCGUUAGACACCAGAGAACUCACUGGGACAGACCACACGAAUGUGAUGAAUGUGGAAAGGGCUUUCGUUCGCCCUCAGCCCUGGCUCUGCAUCAGAGAAUUCAUACUGGAGAGAAACCCUAUCCAUGCAAAUGGUGUAUUAAAAGCUUUAGUCGGAGCUCAGACCUUGUCAAACAUCAAAGAGUCCACACUGGGGAAAAGCCUUACAAAUGUAAGGAGUGUGGGAAGGCCUUCAGCCAGAGCUCAGAUCUCAUCAUACACCAGAGAAUCCACACAGGAGAAAAACCCUACCCCUGCGGUCACUGUAGCAAAAGCUUUAGCCAGCACUCAGACAUGGUCAAACAUCAGAGGAUCCACACUGGAGAGAAGCCUUAUAUGUGUAGCCAGUGUUAUAAACAUUUCAGCCAGAGCUCUGAUCUUAUAAAACAUCGGCGAACCCACACGGGGGAGAAACCAUAUAAGUGUAAAGCUUGUAAGAAGGCCUUUAGUCAGAGCUCCGAUCUUCAUCUCCAUCAGCGAAUCCACUCUGGGGAGAAACCUUAUUCAUGUAAUCAGUGUAGCAAAAGUUUCAGUCAGAAUUCAGACCUUAUUAAACACAAAAGGAUUCACACUGGAGAGAAGCCAUAUAAAUGUAACGAAUGUGGAAAGGCUUUUAAUCAGAGCUCGGUCCUUAUUCUGCAUCAGAGAAUUCAUACCGGAGAGAAACCCUACCUAUGUAACCAGUGUACCAAAACCUUCAGUAGGUUUUCAGAUCUCCUUAACCAUCAGCGAAUUCACACUGGAGAGAAGCCGUACCCGUGUGGUAAGUGCAGUAAAACGUUCAGUAGGAGGUCGGAUCUUAUUAAACAUUAUAGAGUCCACACUGGGGAGAAGCCCUAUGUAUGUAAGUGUGGGAAGGCCUUCAGUCAGAGCUCCAACCUUGUUCUCCACCAGAGAAUCCACACCGGGGAAAAACCCUAUCCCUGCAGUGACUGUGCCAAGAGUUUCAGUCGCCGUUCAGACCUCGUAAAGCAUCAAAGAACACAUACUGGCGAGAAACCAUAUACAUGCGAUCUGUGCGAUAAAAGCUUCAGUCAAAGCACAGACCUCACAAAACAUCGGAGAAUGCAUUCGGGUGUAAAGUCCUACCACUGUGAUAGUUGCGGCAAAGCCUUUAGUCAGAGUUCUGACCUCAUCCUUCACCGUAGAAUAUACACAAGAAAAAAACCCUCUGAGUGCUCGCUGUGCACCCGAUGUUUCCGUCAGAGUUCAGGCCGUAUCAAACACCGGAGAAGCCGCACUGGAGAGAAACCCUACCCAUGUGCUCAAUGUGGCAGAAGCUUUAGUAGGAGCGUUGAUCUCUUUAACCAUCAGAGAAUACACGUUGGGGAAAAACCGCAAAAAUAAUACCCGUGGGAAAUUGCUGGGAAUGACCCUUCUGUACACUGAGUAUGUGUACUCUCACUGGCUGAUAAAAAGCAGACAGGCCGGUAGCCAGACUGGAAGUUAGGCGGGAAAGCCAAACUGAGAAUGAUGGGAAGAACGGGGGUGGAGUCAGGCAGAUGUCCUAGCUGCCUAGGAAGUAAGCCGUGCUAGAGGACAGGUAAAGCCAUGAGCGAUGUGGCAAUACAUAGAUUAGUAGUAAUGGGUUAAUUUAAGUGUAAAAGCUAGUAGCAAGCCUGAGCUUUCGGCCGAGCAUUUAUAAUUCAUAUUCAGCCUCUGAGUCGGUUAUUUAGGACCCAGGAGUUGGGACAGGAAACGUCUGUUUACAGGAAACCUUUCCGAACUGUGACCAGUCUCACUGGGUAUCAAAGGAUGCACAUAGAAGGGAAACUGCCCUCAGUUCAGGGUAGCAGACGUUUUAACAAACCUGAUCAUGGUAACUUUAAGAAAACCCAUUCUAGGCCGGGUGGUG